UACGACGCUACUACUGUUAUUCGUCGACUCUCUUACAGCCCUGGUGCCAGCACUGGUUGCUGCCCAACAGGACUUUCCACUCAUUACUAACCCCCAGGGGUACAUCGCUGCCUAAUCACCUGACAUUCACGCCUUGCCACUUAGUCAGCAUAAAGCCAUUCGCAACAAUGCCUUCUCAGCGUCGUCAGCAAUACUCGACAGUCGAGGUCAGGCCAGAGGCUCUCAACGCCAAGUCUGGCUCCACGCCUGCAUCGCCUGGUUCGCCGAAGAAAGUUGCCUUCGCACCAUGCGCGAAAGCCGACUCCAGAACGUUGUCCCCCGUCGAGGCAUGGUCGCUGUACUAUUUCGAAGCGCAUGCAGUCCAAUGCCUUCAUUGCCGCAACCCUCUGGACAUGCAUCUCCAUGGUCGCCGUCUCUGCGCAACUGGUCACAGCUUAGCUCAAGACGUCGCUGAGCAUGUCUAUCGCCAAGAUGGCGUCGUCUAUAGCCGGAAGAAGGACAAUCACAAGCUCGUCUCUGUUGAGAUACCACCUCAUUACACACAAGUACCCCAAUUCCUACGUGUGAUGGAGCGCGGUCUCCGGACUACACACCGGACUGCACCAAUCAUAAACUAUGACCCGAACUACGUCGUCUCUCCUCGCCGGACGAAUGAAGCCGAUGCAUAUGAAUCUGACGAUGACAGGACAGAAGUGAUCAUCAAGCCGGCCAGAACAGAGAGCAAGUCGCAUCGCAAAUCUCGCCACGAGUACAGGACUGUGGUGAUUGACGAAGAUGUGGAAGACCGGUCUGCUUCGAGGCCUACGCCAGGACCCAAGGAACGAAGAGGGUCAAUAUACUACGAGGAUCUGGCUAAAUCAAGGAAAGAAGCUUACCAUGUCGAAAUCCGGAAGCCGGAGGGCGAGAGAAGACGGCCUGAGCGACCCAAGAGCGGGUUUUGGGCAUGAAUAUGUUUCUUCUAGCAAGAGCGCUAGCAUCCAAGGCAAUUCUACAGUGCUCCGGUACUGCCUCAAUGUAUUCAUGUCACUUUGAUAUUUAACGUAUGAGUUUUUGCUCCGCUGUGACACUAUUAGUGUAUGUAGCUGUAUGCGGAAGAUGCUAU